AUGGCGGCCGUGGGGUGGUUUCUAGCCGCCGGAGCCAUCGUCAUGGCCACCCUGCUGUCAGGCUCCGCCCUGCUGACGGCGCCCGCGGCCGGCAUGCCCACGCCAACGCCGCCGUCGUCCUCGUCGCUGGACUGCGGCACGGUGACGUCGCUGCUGACGGGCUGCGCGGCUUUCGUCACGGGCGGCACGAGCGCGGCGCCCCUGCCGGCCCCGGGCACGCCGUGCUGCGAGGGGGUGGACGGCCUGUACGCCGUCGCGGCGGACUCGCCGGACAACUGGCGGUCCGUGUGCCGCUGCAUGGCCGGGCUCGUCCGGCGGUACUGGUCCAACGCGUCCGCCAUCGCGCUGCUGCCGGGGCUCUGCGGCGUCUCGCCGGUGUCCACCGCUCACGCGGUCACCUACUGCACAAGCAUCCCUUGA